AUGGCUACCAGGCAGGCGGUGGGGCUGGAGGGCCACGGCCAGAGCACCGGGACCGGGCCAAGCCCGAAGGCAACCCUCAGCCAGCGUGUCCAGGAGCUGCGCACCAUCAUCUCCUUGCAAGAGCAAGGGAGGAAGAUUUUCACGCUGUCAUGUGAGGAAAAGCUCAAUCAGACCAGAGAGCUGCUCCCCCGCCUGCGUGAGGCGGUGCAGGAGGAUGUCCAUGCCCUGGACCUUGUCCAUAAGUUCAGCAAGCCGACCGUGGCCAAGGCUUGUGGAGCCCAGAAGCCCAUGGACAUCGCCUUGGCCAGGAGGACAGUGGAUGUGGCCCAGGAGAGGCUCCGGGCCAAAAUCUACGAGCAGGUGAAUGUGAGCAACAUGCUGCUGUACCAGCUGCAGCAGCGGGGCCAAGCCAGGGACGAGCUGCAGUGGCGGCUGCAGCAGCUGCAGGAUGCCCAGAUGGAGGACAAGCGCCUGCAGGAACAGAUGCAGGUGAUCCGCCAGCUGGAGAACAACAUUGACAAGAUGCUCACCAAAAUCCAUGCUGGCCAGAGGGUGACCACCCAGUACCUGGCGGUGCAGGAUGUCCUGAGGAAGGAGCUGGCCCACCUGCCUAUGCACCUGGACCUCUUGUAUGGGAUGGCCGAGCGGUACCAUUGGGAGCUGGAAGACAUAGAGCUCAUCGCCUUGAAUGCCCUCAAAGCUGCUGAUGUAACCAAGGAGGAAAUGACUCAGAUGAAAACCCGGUUCCGUGAGGAGAGAAAGCUCCGGUCCCGCUCCCUGGCUGCCCAGAACGUGCCCGUCGACAGACUCUGGCGGAAGGAAGCAAGUGAAAAGCACCUGAGGGCGCAAGCCCGCUAUGAGCUCGCCAUGGACUUGCAGGACCAGACGAAGGACACCAAACAGAUGGCCACCAAGUCCCAGAUGGAACGUGAGGCCUGGGUGACCGAGAAGAUGGAGAAGGCCAAGGCUGCGGUGCAGUGCUCCUGUCUCUGGGACAUCCCCAGCAGGCUCCUGGAGCAGCAGAAGUCCUCGGUGGAGCGGGAGCAGUAUGUCAAUGAGCGCAAGGAGAAGAAGCAGGCACUGAAGGAGACGCUCAAGGAGCUGGAGCUGAAGCAGGCUGAGCUGAAGUUUCGCCAGCCCCCCAACAAAAACAGUGUGGUUGGCUCCAGGGUGCUGGAGGAGGAGCUGAGGAUGAACCUCCAGUUGGAAGAGGCUCGGCUGGAGCAGAUGCGAGCCCAGAUUCUGAGGAACCAGGAGCUCCUGGUCGACUUUGAAAAUGGCAUUGACCACCUCUUCGUCCGUCUGCAAGGCAUCACCGUCCCCGACCAGGACGAUUCUGUCAAGGCCAGAGGGGUGGAGGAGAAGCUCCAGCACUGUGAGAAGAAGCUGCAGUACCUGUUGCAGCGGGUGGCCGACUUGCCCCCCGACAGCCACAGCCCUGAUGAGAGCAACAAGACUUUUGUGAAGGUCAGGAAUUUUCUGGAGAAGACAACUGCGAAUGAUCCAAAGAACCUGAGGAUUUCCUUGGAUGACAUAGGCAGUAGCAUCCAAGACCCCUUUGAUUUUGAUGACAAAGACAAUGACCUUGUCCUCACCCGGGAAGACAUCAAGAAGCAGGGGCUGUACCUGAUCGAAAGCAAGAAGAAACGUGGCAAGAAGAAGUAG